GCUCCGCCGCUCUCCACACCACGGCAACAAGACCGGAGCCGAGCAGGGCAGGGGUGGGGGGCACAGGCAGACCGAGAGACACCCAGUGUACAGCGGGAGACGGCCUCUGUACUCUGGGAGGUGCAGUAAAUGGGAUUAAACCGCUCAGACAGCGCUCGGAAACACUGGCAGCAGCAGCGGCAGCAGUAGUAGUAGUAGUAGUGGAGAGUAGGGGGAGCUCCGCGCCGAGCUUCACCGCAUGUGCUCGUUCGUGUGCGCCUGGAAAACUUGCGCCGCUCGCUUCGAGGAGAGACAAAAGAAAGAAAAAAAAACAAACAGAACAGGAAAACUAACGAUACCUGCAGCCACUCAUAAAACCCUGGUUCUGCUUUGACCUCCGGGACUCGCAGUAGCAGCAACCCAAACCGACCUCUCCCUCCCCUCUCACAUGCCUGCGUUGAUGUGGGAGAGAGGGAGGGGAGCGGAGCCGGGGGAUGUUUGAAUCACCUCGGUAAACUUGCAGAAAUACUACAAGAGAGAUACAAGAAGUUGCGUUUGUCUGAGUGGGAACUGAAGGAGACAGCGGGUGUCAUGGACAGCCAAGCGGGCGAGCACCACAGCUGCGAGGACGUGCGGAAGAGCGGCUACCUCCGCAAGCAGAAGUCCAUGCACCGGCGGUACUUCGUGCUCCGCUCCGCCUCGGAGCGCGGCCCGGCCCGCCUGGAGUACUACGAGAGCGAGAAGAAAUUCCGCGGCAAGGCCCCCGUCCCGAAGAAAGCGGUGGCGCUGGAGACCUGCUUCAACAUCAACAAGCGGGCCGACUCCAAGAACAAGCACAUGAUCGUGCUCUACACCCGGGCCGAGAGUUUCGCCAUCGCCGCGGAGAACGAGGCGGACCAGGACGAGUGGUACCAGGCCAUGGUGGACCUGCAGUGUAAAAGUAAGAACCCCACCGACAGCGGGGCUGCGGGGGACUAUGGCGUGCCGAAUCCUGGGCCCGCAUUCAAAGAGGUGUGGCAGGUGAAGGUGUGGCCCAAAGGCCUGGGUCAGGCCAAGAACUUGGUGGGCAUCUACCGCCUUUGCCUGACUGACAAGACAGUCAACUUUGUCAAGCUCAACUCUGAUGCCGCUGCUGUGGUGCUGCAGCUGAUGAACGUCCGACGCUGUGGCCAUUCAGAAAACUUCUUCUUCGUGGAGGUGGGACGUUCUGCUGUGACAGGCCCGGGCGAGUUCUGGAUGCAGGUGGAUGAUUCGGUUGUGGCCCAGAACAUGCAUGAAACCUUGCUGGAGGCCAUGAAGGCGCUCAGCGAGGAGUUCCGCCAACGCAGCAAAUCUCAGUCGAACUCCGGCCCUGGAGGAGGUGCUACUGCUUCAAACCCCAUCAGUGUUCCCUCACGCCGCCACCACCCAAACCCUCCUCCCAGCCAGGUGGGCUUCACCCGCCGGCCUCGAACUGAGCCUCCUGGAGGUGCUAACAGUGGAGCAGGCGGCAGCAGUGCCAAUGCCUCUCCCACCCCACGACAUAGCUUCCCACGGUCUCGCACUGCCAGUGAUGGGGGGAAAGGUGAGGAUGGAAUAGCGGGGACCACAUCGCUUCAAGGGCCAUGCUCCAGUCCCUCUGCCAAUGGAUCCUGCUCCACCACCCCUAUCCUCAGGUCAAAGUCAGUCCGUUCAGCCCCCACCACAGCUGCUAAAACUCCUCUCGGCUUGAUGCGCUCCAUCUCCACCCCUGCGCCCUCCCCAGCCCCAAGCCUCUCGUCUAGCUCUGGGCAUGGCUCAGAGUUUGGAGGUGUAACAUCUUCUGCUGGUGUUGGUCCCGGGUCUGGUACCUACAGUCGUGUCCCCUCCCAUCGCACCUCUGUCUCAGGCUCCCCCAGUGACUACGGCUCCUCAGACGAAUAUGGCUCUAGUCCUGGGGAUCACACGCUCCUUCCCUCCCCGAGCCUCCCUGGAAGCUCUGUUGGUAGCGCUGGCAGCCAGUCCCUUGGCGAGGAGGGAGCCAACUACAUCCUGAUGGGCCAGCGUAGUGGAGGUGGCGGUGGUGGCAGCAGUAAUCAAGGUAGUUUGACGUCCAGUUCCCUGCCAACACCAGGAACACCAGCCUGUGGCUCCCAGCCCCAGACCAGGAGGGUGCUGCGUCGCUCCUCCAGCCGUGAAUGUGAAGCUGAACGUAGGCUGCUGAGCAAGCGGGCUUCCUUACCUCCUAUGACCUUGGAGAGGCUGGCCCCACGUCAGCGCAGAGCUGAGGAACCAGCAGAUGAAGAUUCAGCCGAUUAUGCCAUCAUGUCGAGGAGCACCAGCCGUGAGUCCUUUACGUCCACCUCCUCUUCCACACAGAGGGAAUCUGUCAUGGGUGCUGGGUCAGCAGGGGGAGGAGGAGGAUACUUGGAUGUGGCAGGGGAGUUCAAAAGUGAAGGAAGUGGAGGAGCAGGUGGCAGUGUAGAUUUAGGUGUGGACAACGGCUACAUGUCUAUGCUGCCUGGUGUCACUCAGCCUCCAGCAUCCCUGUCCCAGUCACUGGCUGUCUCUGUCCCAGAUUCAGAUUCUAAACCUGCUGAUGAUUACAUGGCCAUGACCCCUAACAACAGCGUGUCCCCUCCGCAACAGAUCCGGCCUCCACCAACUUCUGAUGGCUAUAUGAUAAUGUCCCCCAACAGCAGCUGCUCCCCCGACCAGCGUGGAGGUCUCUCUGGAGGGGUUUGGGUGGGCAGUGGCAGUGCAGACAGCAGGGCGGGCAGUGACUAUAUGAACAUGUCUCCAAUCAGUGCUCGCUCUGUAAAUGGCAGCCCCCCACCUCCUGAACACACCAGUCAUCUGGAGGCUAGUUCUCAGCAACAAGCCCCCAAGAUGGUGUAUUCUUACUAUUCCCUUCCCCGGUCGUACAAACAUAACCCUUCUGCCGGACACUUUGACGAUGGGCCUGGACGAGGCAGAAGGGCCAAUGGAAGUUGUAGUAGGGGAAUGGGUGGAGGUAGGACUAUGGGAGGGCGUCAGGAGCAACCGGCAGCAGGCAGCUCGGUGGUUGGACGCCACCUGUCUCUCUCCUCCUCCUCAUACUCCUCCAGCUCAGCCAGCAGCGAGAGCCUUGGGGAGAGCGAGGACCGAACUACGCAGACAGCGUGCACCAUGGCUGGGGGAGCUCAGUCCAAAGACGGGAGUAAGCUCCAGCAGAAACGGGCCUCUGGUGGUUUGUCCAAGCAGGGUAGCCAUACUAGAAGCAGGCCAGUGAGCCUGUUUGUUGAUGUAUCCAAGGCUAAUACCCUUCCUAGAGUUCGUGAAAACCCCCUGCCCCCAGAACCUAAGAGCCCUGGGGAGUAUGUUAGCAUUGAGUUUAAGGGGGAGAAAUGCAGCCAGACUGGGGUUGGAGGAGGACGUGGCAGAGGUCUUAGGCAUGGCUUAUCGCUCCCUCAUUGCUCAAGCAGCCAGCAUCCUCCACACAGGCCAACUUCUUGCUUAGGUAACUUCGUCCCCCUCUCCCGUAGCCCCUCUGCCCCCAUCACUCCCCCAGCUGCUUCGGAGUAUGUCAACAUGGACCUGGGCCCUUCUCCGUCCCCCUCACCCCUCUCCCUCACCCCGCUAGUUUUCCCACCUUUCCACACACCUCCGACACCUCCAACUCUUGCUCAUGCCCCCAAAGCCUGUGAUGAGGGUACUACUGGACCUCGUGAGGAGGGGGCCGAAGUGGCAGAGGCCCCGCUUAGGAAAAGCAGAGAAAGUGUUCCAUCAGCCACUGAGUCUGAGUCUCCUACAUCCUGUGAAGACUACACAGAGAUGGCCUUCAGCUUGAAUAGCAACACCGUCCCUAGGUCAUCAUCCAGCGUCUCCCCCAAAGCUCCUUCCCCCACCAGGACUGAUCCUUCUGUUCCAGUACUGUCACUGGGUCUAGACUUCCCCCUGGCCAAACCAGGACUCAACCCAGAUCAUGGCGCUAAAGUAAUCCGGGCCGACCCGCAAGGACGCAGACGCCAUUGCUCGGAAACCUUCCUCGCCUCGCCUUCCCUCCCCACCUCUACCUCUACUUCCUCUUCCUCAACUGCCUCCCUUUUUCCAGAACACGCCCAAGCUGUGGCCCGCCGGCUGGGCUUUGAAAGCAUGCUGUGGGGGAAUGGUGCAGUGUCUGAUACCCCCAAUCAGUGCCCCCUCCCCGGACAGCAGUCUCUUCCCACAAACACUCAGACUUCGUCCACAGAGCAAGGUCUUAACUACAUUGACUUGGACUUGGUCAACAAAGAGAGCCCCCAUUUGGGCCUGGAUGGACCCUCAGGUAGCCAGACCCCUUCUCGUCUCUUCUCUGUACUGGGUGGAGGUUCUGGGAUUGGGGGAGUGGGCACAGCAGUUGGCAGCAGCAGCAGCUCCAGCCUCAACACGUACGCCAGCAUCGACUUCUACAAAUCAGAGGAGCUGCGGACACAUCAGAAUGGAAACAAGGAGGGAACAGAGUGCUGAUGUCAGUGCAUCGUCCUUGGGGAAACAAUCUGGUACCACUCACAGCGCUUCGAAGCCCGGCCUGUUCCUUUUGUGACAACCAACCACAUCGAGAGAGCAGCUGAAUCGGACACGCCCCUGAAGCACUUUGACGGAGACUGAUGGAAAAAUGGUUCUUUUUUCUUUUUUUUCCUUCGCUUUCAUCUUGUUGGUUGUGGAAAUCAACGGGGAUGUGUGCCAAAUGACAUUCUUGAAAAGAUAUUUGCUGCUCUCAUUCCUUGAGUGAAAGCCAGAGAAGGGUACAAAAUAAUGGAGAAUGUUUUUUUUUUUUCAAGUGAAAAACUCAAAUCAUAAAGAAUACAAUGAUGGCUGACAAUUACGUGUAUGAAAAAGAAAAUAUUUAGAGCUAUAUAUCUGCUCAAAAAGUGCCUCAUUUUCAGACUGUAGCUGUUUUACGAAGAACCUUCAGAUUAGUUUCGGCUAACUGAAGCUUCUUUUUUUCGUGCUUAAUUUGAUGUAGUUUCAAAAACAAAAUGCAGCAGGAGAUAUCGAUAAAAGUGGGUAGCACUGGUGUGAGCUUUUGCCGCGUUCAUGUCAUAUAGGAUGGAUGGUAGAGAUUGGACAGAUUCCUGUGUUUAAGACUCACAAGUGAAGGUUCUAUGAUUACAGACUUGGCCAUGUUAAAAUACUUUGUCUUUGCAAGGUCAAUAUAACACUAUAUCCAUUAAAUUUGGGUUUAUUUACCUGGAAUGAAGGACUUCGGCUGAUGUGAAACAUCUGUUUUAAUGGAUUACAGGCACUUCUCUAUAAUCGAGCGCCAAGUUAUUUAUAAAAAUCUAAGUUUCACCAUUUGUAAUUAUGAUUUACAGCUUGAUAUUGUAAGAAAUGAUAAAUCUGUUAUGACAUGAACGCGGUACUUUUGCUAACAUGAAUGACAAUAAUGGUACUAGCAACAACUUGCUGGCCUUCCUGUCUACUGUGAGAAAUAUUAGCAUAGCUGCCGUUAGCUUACUGCUUAUUAUUACGUGCGCUGCUUUUAUCUUGUCAUUCCCCCUUUUCUUUCCCUCCUGACGUUUUAACAGAGCCAUACACCGAAAGUAUUAAACACACAGGCAUGAAACAAAAGGCACUUGCACCAGGGGAUACAGCAGCUCGCUCGCUAGCUAGCUAAAGCCAGCUUGGUCAGAUUAACAUUAGCAUCAUGCCAGGAUGUAAAUUCACCAUCUUGCUGACUGCAGUUAGGGUGAGAUCCUUGAUAUAAAGCCAAGCAAUCGCAUUAGUGCUAUUAGCGCCAAACACUUGUGUCUCACUUAAUCCCCUUCGUCUCAGGAUGCUAAAUAACAUAUGGUACAUACAGCUAAGGAUAGAGGCCCUAUCAAUAGCCAUGCUAAUACUAGCUUUGUAGUGGUCAGCACUCUGAUUUUAGCACCGGAAAGGGGGUCAAUUGUUAUUUCAAUUCUGUCAGUAUGAAAUUUGUUCUCACUUAUUUUAUACACUAAGGUACCAAGCAUUUUAAAAAGAAAGUUUUUACACUUUUUAAUUUUUAAACUGGUUGAAUUGAAAGUGCUUUGACCCUAAAUCCUCAAUUAAGACUCUUUCUUUCUAUGUCCUUCCAUCCCUCUAUGUCUUCUGCUUAGGUCUUACUUUAAUCUCCGCUAUGCAUCUGAACUUAAGUGCCUGUCUGUCCUGUUUGCCUGUUUGUUUCUCUGCCCCGCCUUAGCAGCUAGCACUAAUAGGGCUGUCCUCGCAGAAUAUAUCAAGUCUAUUUUUGUCUCUAUUUUUGUCUCUUUGGGCUGUACAGUUCUCAUUAAAUUACUUGUUCAUGUUUGUUUGGUGUGACAAUGAUCUAUUAGAUGACUUGACUGACAGCCAUGGCCCUAAUCGGAGGAGUUUUGGACUGUUGGACUGUUCCGCUUUGUCUGUAAUGGAGGACUUAAUCUUUGCAGGGCCAUCAGUGCCAAAUCAUGAAAAAAAAAAGAAAAAAAAAAAGACUAAGUUGUUCUU